AAAGGAGUGAAGCAGCACAACACAUAACAAAAAACAAAUUUGUAUUUUGAGACUCAUUUUAUGGCUUUGAUCAAUAAACUUAUUUUCUUUUUGGUGUAUUUUGGUUAUGACCAAAUACUGCCUAUUCUUGGAGAAAAUCACUUAGCACCACCACAUUAUAAGGUGGUUAAUAUCAGCUCGUUGCUACCAAAACCAUACUGCCAGGAGUCUACCUCAGGUCCAGCAAUCGGAUCUCAGAAAUUGAAAAUCGUAUCAAGACAUGGACCAUGCUUUCCAAAUGCUAAAACUCCAUCAUCCGAUUCCGAGCAACUUAUGAAUUGGGAUGAAGUUAGAGUUCGUUCAAUCAACAAAAAACCUAAAAAAGCUCCAUCUGUUCUUAGUAAUUAUGAUUAUGGAGGCUAUACUGUAAAAAUAGGUCUUGGCACACCUCGACAAUACUUCUCCUUAAUGUUUGAUACUGGUAGCCCAGCGACUUGGGUGCGUUGCAAGUCCUGCACCAAAGGUUGCAAAUCAAACAAUCCUCUAUAUGAUCCUUCAGUAUCAUCGACACAUACAAAUAAUAAAAGCGGGUGCAAUGGUUCAUUCAGUUUUGGUUAUCAUGAUAAUUCGUCUAUAGAAGGCAUUUGGGGAUGUGAUACUUUUACCCAUGAUGAUCGUGAUAUUGGUCAAAUACAGAAUUUUCGAUUUGUUUGUGGCCAAAAAAUGGAAGGUGACUUCGAGGAAAUGGAUGGAAUACUUGGACUUGGCAAAGGAAAUUCCUCUGUAAUGUCUCAAAUUCCUUCAAUGCAGCAAAUGUUCAGCUAUUUUAUCCCAAUAACAAGUAGUCGUAUGGGAAAUUUUUAUUUUGGGAACGAAGUGAUGGAUCGAUCUAACGAUUGUUCAAUUACUCAAUUUACAGAGUUGGUAGAUGGGCAAUGUAAAGAAUGCUACUAUGUUGAUCUAAUUGGUAUAAGCGUAGCUGGAAAUAAACUGGAUGUAUCUUCGAGAAUAUUAACUUCUAGAGAGACAAUUAUAGACAGUGGAACUGUGAUUACUCAAUUGCCAGAAGAGGUAUAUUCUGCACUUCGUGAUGCUUUUAGACAGUCCAUGUUGGGAUAUACAUUGUUAGAAAAGACCGAUACGUUAAUGGACACUUGCUACAGAGUAAAGAAACCUUUUACUAUACCAGAGAUUAAAUUCCAUUUUGGAAAAGAAAAUACUAUUGAUGUGAGUUUGUCGGAAUCAGGAACUCUGUGGACUCCAACAGAAUCAAUAAUGUGUUUGGCUUUUGCUUCAGCAAAGGAUAAUCUCUCCAUUAUUGGUAGCGUUCAACAACGUGGAAUGAAUGUGAUUUAUGAUUUGAAAGAGAAAAGAAUUGGAUUUGGCACCAAUUGUCCAACAUACUGAUCACAGCCAGAGCCAAUUUUCGUUUUUCAUGUAAUCCUUUUUAAUUGUUACUACUUGUUAUUUUAUAAUAAAAUAAUAAUA